CAUGUUUUCAUCAUCAAUCAUCUCUUAAACCCUCUAGAUCUCACCGCAUGACGAUCCGAAGUUUGAUCCAGGAAAUGCGGUCUAGACCACACCGUGUGGUUCACAACGCCGCCUCAACCGCUAAUAGUUCUGACCCUUUCAGCUGGUCGGAGCUCCCGGAGGAGCUGCUGAGAGAGAUUCUGAUUAGGGUUGAGAUGGUUGACGGCGGUGAUUGGCCGUCGCGGCGAAACGUGGUGGCUUGUGCCGGCGUUUGUCGUAGCUGGCGGAUUCUCACGAAGGAGAUUGUAGCUGUUCCUCAAUUCUCCUCUAAAUUGACUUUCCCUAUCUCCCUCAAGCAGCCUGGUCCAAGAGAUUCUCUAGUUCAAUGCUUUAUAAAACGUAAUCGAAAUACUCAAUCGUAUCAUCUCUAUCUCGGGUUAACUACCUCUUUGACGGAUAACGGCAAGUUUCUUCUUGCUGCUUCUAAGCUGAAGCGCGCAACUUGCACUGAUUACAUCAUCUCUUUGCGUUCAGACGAUAUCUCAAAGAGAAGCAACGCCUAUCUGGGGAGAAUGAGAUCGAACUUCCUUGGAACAAAAUUCACGGUCUUCGAUGGUAAUCUGAUGCCACAUACCGGAGCAGCGAAGAUGCAAAAGAGCCGCUCUUCUAAUUUCAUCAAAGUUUCACCUAAAGUUCCUCAGGGAAGUUACCCCAUCGCUCACAUUUCAUACGAGAUAAACGUCUUAGGCUCUCGGGGACCGAGAAGAAUGUGUUGCACUAUGGACACAAUACCUAUGAGCGUCGUGGAGUACCGAGGAGGAGUAGCUUCAACAUCCAUACGCUCCUUUUCCACUCAGUCAUCACCGUUCUUUAGGUCUCACUCAAAACCGGUGCGCAGCAAUAGUGCAUCUUGUAGCGACUCAGGCAACAACCUGAGAGACCCACCAUUGGUGCUGAGCAACAAGACUCCACGAUGGCAUGAGCAGCUACGAUGCUGGUGCUUAAAUUUCCAUGGUCGAGUCACAGUUGCUUCGGUUAAGAACUUUCAGCUUGUGGCUCUCAGCGACUGUGAAACAGGGCAGCCAUCUGAGAGAAUCAUACUCCAGUUUGGGAAAGUUGGGAAGGACAUGUUCACCAUGGAUUAUGGAUAUCCAAUUUCUGCGUUUCAAGCGUUUGCGAUCUGCCUGAGCAGUUUUGAAACCAGAAUUGCCUUGAGUCAAAAGACUCAAGUGGCUUGCAUACUUGUGCUUAACGUCUUGGCUGCAGCAUCCUCCUCUUCUUCCUCUGCUCGAAGAUCAUCUUCUGGUAGCUUAAACUGGCUAAGGUUCCGGACAAACUCUGCGAAGGCAUGGAAAUGAUCUGGGGAAAAUAAAAGUGCUCCCAUUCU